UCAGAACUCAGGUGUAUUCAUGUGUGCGGGCAUUUUUACGAAUGUUUAAUAGCACACCUGUCAUUAUUAAAACUCAAUCGAAGUGGAGGACCCACGAAAUUUAAAAGACAGCUGUUUGAUAUGGACCCUAAUUAUAAUUAUAAUCAGGGAGUUAAUCCUCCAGAAUCAUAUAACGCUGUGCCCCCCUCGCAGAACAUGCAAGGGACCAAUAUAUGGACUGGGAAUUAUCCCAACUUUCAGCAAAUGCAGCAACUCAACGCACAGCUCGGUGCAAUGAAUCUGAACAAUUCUGGAACAAAUUAUUUGGAUGCUUACAUGUCCAUGGCAAGAAAUGACCCUUCAGCAGCAGCUAACAAUGGACCGUACAUCAUCGCGUCUGUACAACCUUCUCCGGUGACAAUUACUCAAGGAACCCCGGGACUAAGCAUGCCAAGCAACUUGCCAAAUAACAUCACAGGCUUUCCAAAUGGACAAUUUCCAGCGCCAUCCCAAGCAAACCAAGUUGCGGGGGUGAUGACGCCGGAGCAGUUUGCCUUGUGGACACUUCAAACAAACAUUGCUCUCGGAAAUAUAUCACAGGAGUCUUUAGUUAACAACCUCCAAUCCAUUCCAAAGGGAUCUGUGUCAGUACCAAUAACUGUUGCCAGUAUUGUUUCUCAGACAUCUCAAGAAGCCGUCUCGCCGACCACCUCUGUCAGUUCUAAUUCCGCUCCCCAAACGCCGUCUACCCCAGGGGCAAGACAUCUUUCUGAAGGGGCACCAGGAAUUGGAAAACCUUUGCAAGUGCAGCUGAAUGAAACCGGAAGUACCUCAUCCAGUUCCAUGCCUGGAUCGCCGUCAAGCAUAUCAGGACACUCUCUUCCGGAGACAUCAACUUUCUGUCCUCUUUCUCCGGAUUCUGAAAAUGUAUUCUUAAACGGUGAAUGGAAAUCAGGAAAUGUUCCCAUUCGUUCCCAUUCCCUUAAAUAUCAAGUGAAAUAUCCAAAGGACAAGUGUUAUAAGUGCAUGAAGAAGAUCUACCCAAUGGACAAAAUGGGUCCAGUAAAAGACGCAAUGUAUCAUAAAGGGUGUUUUGUUUGCAAAGUAUGUAAAACUCUUCUAAAUGUAAAGAAUUAUUACCUAAACAAAAAUGACACAUUCGACCAUGACGUUUACUGCAAGUCACAUCAGCCCGUGGGCACGGGGAAAGGGACUGAUGCGGACGCUGUGUUAAUUAAAGGUUUAAUGAAUGUCCCAAAACUGGACAAGGUAAAUGAACAGAUCAGGGGCGAUAAAAACUAUCACCUGGAUGCCAAUGCUGUGGAAAUUGCCCAUGCACGGAGUGUUCCGGCACCUGACCUUCAGAUGGCCAACAAGGUCAAGGAGAAAGCGUGGACUAAAGAUCAGAGGAAGUCGGAAAGUGUUCCUCCCCCAAACGUGGUGCGGUACAAAGAUCCGGUUCCGGAAUAUGAUCCAGAAAGUUAUGAAAGAUACGUGGUAGAAAAUAACCCUGAUUAUUAGUUCAUGGAUAAUUGGCAAUAAUGGGUUAGAAACGAACGCGGGAGUGGAUAUAAAUCGGACCUCAAAAUAUGUAUAUCCCCUCUUAUUAUGGGAAGUCAUCAUAUUUAGGACCAUCUACAUUGGCCAUUGUAUGAUUUAAAUCGCCAUACUUACGGUUAAAACGUUGUGUGAGAUUUAAGCUUGAUUUAAAUUGUAUAAUGGAAAACAAUCCCGAGGUUUUAAACAGAGGACUUAUUUGACCCAUUGCGUUUUAUACAGUUUUGAUUUCAUCGGAGAGAAAAUAGGGUUGGCAAUGGUGCGUAUAGUUAACAAUAAGAACCUGUGGUGUCGGGCAGAGAUUUAAUAAAGCUGACCCUAGUCGCCUAUACACCUGAAUACCUGGACACCAAAUAACAAUUAAUAGCUCCUUAUUUCGCCACAUUGUCCAUUGAUGGUCAUUCUAACGCCUCUCGGUGGAUAAUCGCCGCUGAAAUCGUUAAAAUUUACGGAAAGUCUCACACGUGUUUAGACAGAUUUGGUAUGAAUACACCAACGGAGUAAUGUCGUAAGAAAAAUUCUCAAUUAUCUGACUAAUAAUAUUGGUGUUAAUCAGUAUUUACUCUUGUAGAUGUUCACAUUUGACAUGAGUAAUCAGCAUAUAUACGAUAGAUAUUAUUACAAUUACGACUAUACAAGAUAUUUUAUGUACAGUAUAUAACUUUCUUAAGGGGCAUCAAUCAAAAUUAUAAGCACGUGCUAAUUAUGUUUGUGUAAUUAUUUUACUUAUAAAUGAGAUGUCAGAAAAACACAGAAUUGAGGACUAUAGUUUAUACUUAUCAUCCAUUUAAACAUGACAUACAUUGUAUAUAAGUAUUUAUAAUAUACCUUUGUUAUUUAUUGUUUGCAAUUGUUUAUAUACCUCAAUAACACUAUAACGAUG